AUGCAUCCAGACCAAGUGAUGGACAUAGCAGCUGCAGUUGCGGACGCGCCCCUGGACAUCGCGAACCCUCUCCUCAGAGCCGUGUUUCUGCGGCGCCUGCGUCUGACGCGGCUGCUUCUGGACGGAGGCGCGUAUGUGAAUGAGAGCGACGCCCGGGGCCACACCCCCCUCAUGAUGGCCUGCAGGACCCCACACUCUGACGGACAGAGUGCCAGCAGAGUCAAGCUGGUGCAGUUCCUGUUGGAGAGAGGAGCAGAUCCCAACAUCCAGGACAAGGCAGGCUGCUCCGCUCUCAUGCACGCCUGCAGGGAGCUGGCCGGGGCGGAGGUCGUGUCCCUGCUGUUGUCCAAUGGAGCAGACAUCAGCCUAGAAGACCAAACAGGGACCUCUGCACUGGUCUAUGCUGUCAGCGCUGGAGACUGGAAAGUGGUCAGGUUGUUACUAGACACCUGCAAGGCCAGUGGAAAAGAAGUCAUCAUUAUAACAGCAGAUAAAUUGCCAUGUGGUAAACUACAAGCAAAGCAGUACCUUGGGAUGCCUCCAAACAGUCCCACUGACAGGCCUUCCUCGGCCGGUCCUACAUCUCCUUCUGAAGUCCAGCUCAUGACCUCUCUGCAGAUGAGCCCCACAAACUCUUUACCGAGACAGUCCGUUUUCUCCUUCAAAGAGUCCUCAGAGAGCGGGGUGAGCGGAGUCAGCUCCCAUCCCUGCUCCCCAUCACGCCUUCAUAGUCUCCAGCAGCCAUUGCUUAGGCUGAAUUCAGAGCCCUGGUUGAAAAUCCCCACUUCUAUUCUAGACCAGCAGCUGCAUGCGAACCCAGAACAGGCUUCGGAGAUGAAUUGUAAUAGAAUACCAAUAAAACACAAUUCCAGUGAGGACAAGAACUCAGCUUCGGAAAGUUUGAAGAUGUUUGAAGACAGCCUUACAAAGGAGAGAAAAGUUAAACAUCACAAGAUUUUGCUCCCUGGGAUUCUCUCCUCUCACUCUGCUUCAAAUCCCAACUUGCAUUCUGAAAACUUGGGAGAGUCGGUGACCUCCUCUGCUUCAUUCCCGAACAGAAAAGCACUGGGCACUGCAUUGCAUAGUAUGUCCUCCUCUUCAAGUUUAUACUCCAUCAUUCAAAAGCGUAAAUUAGGGGGUGAUAUCUACAGCUCAGAUCCACAGAUUGCCAUGAAUGCUAAGAAUAUUCCUGAGGAGCCAGAGGAAGGAGCCAGUCAGACGGUAGAGAGGAAUAAGCUUGUCCCAAUACGCUGCUCUAGCACACUGGGGUCAAGAGAAUCUCCGCUCUCUCACAGUCUGAACCGAAGGAUGCUGUCCCAGUAUGAGCGCAGGGGGUCUGGGACAUUUCCUCAGGACCACCUCUCGCUGUGCAGCAGGCCCAGUGUGCUCCCACCAUUGACCAGAACCAGCUCAAAGACAUCUGUGCUCGGAGUCUUUAGCCUCAACUCCAGCAGUGCAGGGGAGAAAGAGAGGAGAACUUUGAUCCCCUCGGCUCCUCCUGGGGCCCCAAAGGAGCUGACCAGACGCAUGUUGCUAAGGCGACACUCGAUGCAAACUGAAUACAAAACCACUGUAUAA